AUGGUUGUGAAGAAUCGUAAAGCCACAGGUGGUCCUGUAGGAGCAGGCAGUAACGUGUCCAGCAGUGGUCGUAUCCCCCAAGGCUUGGAAGGCUUGUAUCAAAGCAUAGAGCCUCAUCUGGAGGCUAUCAUGCCCUAUCUAAGGGCAGCAGUGCCGAUUAUAGAGAGUGGGGUUAAGAAGGCUAAUGGUGUAUAUACUAAGUACAUCCAACCCAAUUGGCAUGAUGGUCUUGGCGACUUCUGUUUUGCCAUAUUGUUGUUGUUCUUUGGUGGGCAGUUCGCCCUUACUAUUCUGGCUUGGGGUGCUUUCCAACAAGCGGGUGGUGGUAUGAUCAAGCGUGCAUGGAAAGAGCUGAAUAGUGAGUAUGUUGAGAGUAUGAGGAAGCUUCAGGAGGAUCCUGAAGCUAAGGCCAUGUUUGAUAGGAAUGAUGAUGGUGAAGUUUCCAUUGGGGAGGUAGCAACCGCAGUAUCGUCAGUGAUAGGGGCUAAGACUCCUGAGGAGAAGCAGAAGGCUCGUCGAAUGGUUGGUGCUACUAUGAGAUGUGUUGAUCCCAACCGUCUAUUGGAUGCUACUACUGGCUUCUGGGCGGGUAUAGUAGCAGUGAUAGCUGCACUCCGAUCACAGUUGGCCGCUUGUGUCUCCAUCGGUGCCUCUAUUGGUCAGAAGGGCGCUGAAUACGCUAAGGUGUACCUCGAGAGGCCCCUGUAUGAGAAGUUCCCCGACUACAAGGAGUGGGUCGAUGCUGGCCUGAGGGCUGGAUGCUCUCUCAUCGGCAUUAUGGUCAGCCUAUUCAUGGCUCGUAUUGUUACUGCAUUUAACUGUGCUGUAAAGGGAGCUCAGAGGUUGGCUGAGAUGACAGUAAAGGCUGUUCAUAAGGCGGGUUAUCUACCUCAAGUUAGGGACAAGGGAUCCAAGGUCCAGACUCUAGCGAUGGCCUUGACAGCUCUAGGACUAUGGUAUCAGUUCUCGACGGGAUUCUCCUGCCCGACCCUGAUGAAGAUCGCCCUCUUCCCUCUGCUUAUCUCUGAGAAUAUCCUCACAUUAAUAGCUGCUCUGUAAGCUUUGUUGAUGACUGUUUAAGUGAUUGCCUGAGAGGAGGAGUACCGCCUAUGUAGUAGU